GUCUCUUGUGCUGCUUUGGAAAAACUGGUGUGUGUUUCUCCCGCUCUCACGUGGAUGCGCAUUGUGAGUGUCUUCAUUGCAACCGCACCCCACUUCUCCCCGGCCUCUCUCUGUGUGCUUUAAAUGUUACUCUUCUCUUCCCUGCUGCUCUUAUAAUCAAAAUCUGCCUGAAUGCGCAUGAGCUGUUCAGCCGCAUUCCAGGCCUCCGCCAGGAUAGCAGACCAACAACACACACCACAAACAAAGCACACACUUCAGAAGGAAAGGCCAGAGCGCAAGCGUCGCGCAUCUCCGUCUCUGUCACAUCUUCCGCCACGUCCUCCCCCUCGUCCUCCCCCUCGUCCCCGUCUUCCGCGACGCGGACACGCAUGGAAACGGGCUCCCCUCACAGCACUACCGCCCACUCCGCCGGAGACAGCGCAGGUCGCGGCGGGUCGAAGAUGGCGACUCGCGCAUCCGGACGUGCUCGCAUGGGCGUCGUCGACCUCCACAGCGUGUGCGGGUACACCUCGCACGGCGUUCCUGCCUUCAGCAACGGCACGAGCAACACCUGGACAAACUCCAAGAGUUACCUCAACGGUAUCUUUAUGGGCUACCGAUGGCAGUGCGUAGAGUUUGCGCGCCGCUGGCUGUGGACGACGCAGCGGCUGUUGCUGCCGGAGCGGGACUGCGCAUCUAAUUUCACUAACUGCAGGCACGUCUUCCGCCUCAAGGCAGCCCCGGCGGACGCGCGUCGGCAGUCCAGGCUAGAGGAAGAGGCGGCGAGACAGUCACCAACACCCACAAUUACCACCCCGAGCGCUGCGACCUCUGCGGAGGCGGCGACGGCGACAGUAACACCUGCCGAGGAGAUCGUUGGUCCUCGCAAGGCGGCGGAGGCGUGGGAGAAGGUGCCAGCCGUCUUUGUGAAGCAGGGCUCCACCGUACCCCCUGUGCCGAGCAGCUUAAUUGUCUACCCGCGGAGCUGGGGCAGCCCGUGGGGUCACAUCGGUGUUAUUGCGGAGGUGGAUCUCGAGCACGGUCAGGUGUACGUGGCGGAUCAGAACCGGUACUUUCACCACUGGGGCCGCCACACGUACAGCGGCGUCUUUCCGCUGGAGGUGAGCCGCGGGCGGUACUUCAUUCGCGAUCCCGAGAGCGAGUGCGAGGGCUGGCUGACGUUUCCUUCGUGUGUGGAGGGCCAUUAG